AUGCCAUCUGCUGAAAAGAUUGAUGGCCUCCCGCGGGACUCCCCAGAAAGCCGGGGUAUCGAUCCUCAGGCAAUAAUUGAUUUCCUGGAGGAUGGCAAAGCCUCUGGUGUCGAUUUCAAUGGCUUCAUGGUCUACAGCAAGGGUGCCGUGAUUGCAGAGGGCUGGUGGGACCCCUACCGUCCAGACCUUCGACACAUGAUGCACUCCGGGACAAAGGGGUUUCUCUCCGUUGCGGUCGGCAUGGCUGUCCAGGAGGGGUAUUUCGCGCUCGAGGAUAAAGUCCUGUCAUUCUUCCCGGAGUACGUGCAGACGGUCGUGGAGACGAAUUCGACGACUGAAUUGGCCGACCAGCUGACGGUGGAGGAUCUGCUGACGCAAACAUCUGGGCAUGAUCAGGGAUCGUCGGGCGCUUCGUGGCGCGGUAUCACCACUAGCUGGAUAGAGCAGUCCUUCAAGAUUCCCUUUGCGCAUAAACCCGGUACCUUCUUCAGGUACAGUAGUGCGACGAGCUAUCUGCUCUCGGCCAUCAUACAUCGGACGACUGGCCAGAGCACCAAGUCGUUUCUCAUGCCGAGACUCUUUCAGCCGCUUGGAAUGAUCGGUGUGACUUGGGAUGUCGGUCCUGAGGAGAUCAAUCCUGGUGGGAACGGUAUCAGCUGCAAAACUUCUGACUUGUUAAAGUUGGCCCUUCUUCACUUGCAAGGAGGAGUCUGGGAGGGGCAGCGGCUGCUCAGUGAAGAGUGGGUAGCGAAGGCCACACAACCGCAGCGAGGGAAUGAAUAUGGCUACCAAUGGUGGGUCAGCAAAGACAACGAUAGCUACUACGCUUAUGGAAUGUUUGGACAGUUCGCAUACGUGUUCCCAAAGCAUGGGGCGAUAUUGGUGAUGACAAGCUCAUCACCACCCGGUGAAGAGGUGGCUCGCUCCCUAGUCCGACGCCAUUUCCCAGCUAUUUUGGAGCCUAAAGGUGAUCCUUCCAUCUUUUCAGAAGACUCGUUCAAGAAAUACCUAGAAGCACUAAAAAUCGAGGCACCCCAAGGACCAGAGCUGUCAGAAAAGGCAGACGAGAUCUCAGACCGACUUUUUGUGGCCAGGCCAAAUGCAGAUGGAGUCGAGGCCUUCGCCCUUCAUUCGGAGCAUGAGAAGUACGUUUUCCAUCUGUGGGACAACCGAGGACUUCAUCGAGUCGAUGCGGGAGUAAAUAGGUGGGUUGAGUCAGAGACAAGCGUCUCUCUCGCAUCGCUGCAUCAUAGCUAUGAUGCACCACAAUUGCUGGUGUCUGCUUGCGGGAGCUGGUCGAAACCGGAGACCUUCGAGAUGAAGCUUCAAUUCAUCGAGACCGCCUAUCAAGAUCAGAUUGUCGUCCGCAUAGUAGGAGACAGAAUCGCCGUCCUGGAAAGGGGCGUCAACGUCAAUUCUAGUGGAACGCAAAGACCACCGAUCGCGGCUUACAUGCUCGACAAAGGUAGCGGAGUCUCUGCUGGAUUCCGCAUUGCUGAUCGCGCAAGGGCAGCACGAAUGUCGACUGAAUUCAACCAGCUAAAAACCAUGCAGGUAUUCCCAUAUUCAACUACUAGUACUUCGCUCAACGAUUUGCUGGACAACGAGGAGACAAAAGCUGCUGUGGUUGAGGAGUUCGCUUAUCUGAUAUCACAUCCUAUGCUCAGCAAAGGACGCCGUUAUACCCUUCGCAUGCUGGCGGCCUUUGUGCCCAAUUUGAAGCCUGAGGCACUUGAGAGGCUUGACGGAAAGUUGGGGAAGAUACCAUACUCUUGGGACUGA